AUGAAGGGACAACCAUGUGGGGUUAUGCCUGGUAAAACGAAUAUGGGGAAGGAAGCUAACCCUAUGAAGGAUGACAAUGGGAUGAAUAAACAGAAUAAUGAUACUGUUGCUCCUGAAGUGAAUGAUAAUUCUGGUACUGACUCUCUCAAAGGGCCUUGGAUGGAUGUUACCCCUAGAAGAAAACCUAGAAAUGAUGGUAAGGAUGCAAAUGGGAAAGGCUCUACUUCUAAAGCUAACGGUUCUAGAUUUGACACUCUGCGACAAGUUGAUGAGAAUUUUGGAAGGAAUGAAAGGGAUGCCAAUACAGAGCAUGUGCAUAACCAUAUUCGAUCUAGCUUUGUUGCUAAUAAUGCGAAGGGACUUGGGCCUAAGGUGUGGAGUAAAUCGCAGAAGCCUAAGAUUGCUGAUAGGACAUCUUUACAUGAUACUUCAAUCCGGAAGAUUCAAAGACAACAAGUUCUGGUGAGGCAAAAGUACUAUAACAAAGUACUUUGUAAUAGAAACUUAUGUACACAUUUUAUAAAUUAA